AUGUUUAAUUUUGGAUUAUUCGGAUACGGAUUAAUGGAAUAUACGUCUGGGUGGUACCUUGCAGGACUUUUAAUCACGGGUUACAUAUCAUAUUAUUUGUUUGAAGUCGUUAAGCAACCUCAAUUGGUGUGUGCUCCCUGCAAAUUUAGAAAAUUCUUAGAAUCAAAUUUACCCAUUCUGCAUGAAAAAUAUUGGCCAACAUUUUGGUGUUGCGAAUCCCGAGCACAGACUGUUAUGGCUGCUAUUGUUCGAAGAACCCUUUUACCCUACAUACAAUACAGAAGGGAAAUAUUAACGCUGAGAGAUGGAGGUGAAGUCGCUUUGGAUUGGAAAGAAGAAAAUACGACUUCAUCAAGUCCUGUUGUCCUUCUUUUUCCAGGACUCACAGGUACGAGUCAAACGGAAUAUGUGAAAGCUUUGGCCAUAAGCGCAUCGAAAAGUGGAAUACGAUUUGUUGUUUUCAACAAUAGAGGACUCGGUGGAAUGGCAUUGAAAACACCCAGAUUGUAUUGUGCUGCAAAUGUUGAUGAUGCAUCAGAAGUUAUUUCUCAUGUUAAAAAACUUUAUCCGACAGUGCCUUUGGGAGUUCUUGGAGUAUCCUUAGGAGGGAUGAUAUUGGGAAAUUACAUGUCACGAAUGUCUGACGAAUCACAAAAAAUGAUUGCAGCCGCCAUGUUGAUAUCCGUGCCUUGGAACGUAUUCGUGGGUACAAAAUCAUUAGAAAAACCAAUAUUAAAUUAUUUAAUCAACAGGCAUUUGGCAUUUUGUUUAGUCAGAACAAUCAAAGAACGGAGUCAAAUAUUAGAUUGCACCCACGAUUUAGAUCAAAUUGUUAAAAGUCGAACGGUUCGAGAAUUCGAUACGAGGUUCACGGCCAAACAUUUCGGUUAUGAAAACGUGAGCGAAUAUUACACGGAAGCAUCACUACACACAAAAAUACCGUUAAUGAAAGUUCCUACACUGUGUCUUUCCGCAGCCGAUGAUCCCAUGCAACCUUUGGAAGGUAUUCCCGUGGAAGAUGCUAGCAAAUCCGAAAGCGUAGCCAUUUUGAUACCUUCGAGAGGUGGUCACAUAGGUUUUAUGGAGGGCCUACUACCCAUAGCUUACGAUCAAUACAUGGCUCGAUGUUUCACGCAGUAUUUUAAUGCAAUGUUUGAAAAUGAUAAUUACAAACAGUUUUUUACAACGGGAAAAGAACAAUCGAACAAUUAA